GCAAGCAUUUCAGUUGCUAUGUCUGUUCAGGAGCCAUAUGGAAAAAUCAGUUCUGUCCUGUUAAACUGGUUGCACAGUUUUGGUUUUCAUCUGCCUACAGAGAUCUGAAAAGUCUGUGUUCUUUUCUGCUUUUUUGGCAAAGAAAGCGAGUGGUCUGAGGAACAUCUAGCCACGAACAAAAUAGUACUGAAGAUGUCCUGGCUCUGGCUUUAUCUUCCCCUCCAUCUUCUCAUGGCAACUUGUUUGUGCCAUUCUAUAAAAGCACCCACCACCAGCUCCCAACAGAGCUUCAAGAGCAACCUCUUCAAUUUCUACCACUCCCUGUUACUUGCAGAUGGUAAGGAAACUACAAUCCACCUGCUGAAGGAUAUACCCAAAAGGUACUACUUUGUUUUGGAAGAGGGCAGGGCCCUUGCCCCUUUCUCGAUAACAGUGACUCCCUGUGAUGUUCCCAUUGAGUGGAGCAUACUUGUGUACAAGCCUCCACCAGGAAAAGCAGCACCAGGUGACCAUGAUACACAAGAGGUCUCCAAAUCUCACAAGGCUUCAAGCAUGGUGUCCACUCUCUUCAACUACAAGGGAAAUUCUGUAGAGACCUACAUGGGAAUGUCUUCCCAUUCUGCCCUGUACCUGCUGGAGUUCCUGUCCACGGAGAGGGACACACACAUCACCGUGUACCUGACAACUGACACCACGUCUGGGCACCUGUACCCAGAGCUCCCGGGGGAUCCACGCAUCGAUGUCAUUGGCAUCGGCCCCACAACGGUGACCCUGGCCUGGAAACACAGCCCUUCUGUCCUGCAGCACAGCGAGGGCAUCCAGUACUGCCUCCUGGUUAAUGAAAAGCACAACUACAAGAGCUUGUGUGCUGCUGAGACAGCCAUCAGAUCCUCUGGAAUGAAGCUGCCACCCACGGUAGCUCUGUCCCUCUCUCCAUACCUUCUGGAGCCACAGCAGGUGAUGAUACUGUCCAACAGUGAACUGAGCAUCAUCAACAAAGUGAGCAGUGGGGAAGUCAGGCAGGUGUGCAUGGGCACCAAGAACACCUACACAGUGCCCAACCUCAGCCCCAGCACUCAGUAUUACUUUGAUGUUUUUAUUGUCAACCUCCUCACAAACGCCAGCGCCGCGUACACCGGGACAUUCGCCCGGACCCUGGAAGAACCUGAGCCCAAGGUGACAGAGCUGAAAGAUGGCAAAGUGAUUCAUGUGGUCCUGGAUGGGAAAAAGCAGAAAUUCUAUAGUCUGCAGUACCAGGCAAGGCACAAGAAAAUCCACUUCACCUUUCAGUUGUGUCGGGGCCAAAUACGGGUUCACAUAACAAGGAACGGCAAAACAGUGGCAUCAGAAAACCUCUCUGGGCUGAGGUAUUUCUCCCUGAAGGGAAAGCUGCUGGACACCUAUUCAGUGCAGCUGAGGUCCACAGAGGAAUCUAACUCUUCUGUGAAGGUACUGGCAUCCCCCCAUUUCCACAAGCCCUUAUUCCCACUUCUUCCAGAGAGCUUAAAAAUCAAAUCCUUCAGUAAACUGAGAACAUGCAGGUCUGUGACCAUUGCCUGGCUGGGAACACAAGAGGAGAGCAAGUACUGUGUGUACAGGAAAAGGAUUGAGGAGGAUCAGAUCUGGAGGGAGCUGCAGAGUGCAGACAGGUGCUCUGGGCCUGAAUCUCGGCACAAAUCAGAGAAAGUGCUGUGCAAGUACUUCUAUGACCUCAACCUCCAGCGAGCCGUCACCACAGAGACCAUCAAAGGGCUGGAGGCAGGGACACUCUACUUGUUUGAUGUUUAUCUCUUUGGGCCGUCUGGCAUCCCUGUCAGAUAUCACAGCAAAGUUGUGAAGACCAGGAAAAAAUGUUGAAGGUUUUGAAUGAAAGCCCGAAGUGAGUGAAUGCAGGUAGUAUGGAAAUCUACUCCAACCCAAGUCAGAGCCCCUGCAGUUUGAACUAUGCUGACAAAAAAAAUUUCAAGCUAUAAGAUUCUACAGCAAAACACAUCUUAGGUGAUUAUACGUCUUCUCUCCUGUGUAAGGUCGGGUGCAUUUUUUCUUUCCUUGUCUCAUUCAAACAUUAAAAACAGAGUUGUGAAACACUCAUACAUAUGGAAAUAAAAUAGCCCAAGAGUACUCAUGAGAAAUAGACUGGUUACCUAAAAUGCUUCUGAAAUCCAGCACAGAAGUGAUGGGGAAAUGCCUCACAUGAAGCACACACCAUUGCUCAAGUCCCAGAGAUUUUUCCACUAUCUGUAACUCAUGCAGCUAAUGAGGAACUGAGAGACCUCACAAAUCAGACUGCUCUUGAGAAAGAGAUUCCUCACUGCUUGAGCAAGAAAGGAAACAAAAAGAAAUUGAAAAAGCAGUGGAACUGAUGUAUAGCUCGAUGCAUUGAGUAAAGCAGGCUGAACUACAUCUUCCCCUAUUAACCUGCAUGCUUGCUUGGUUUCAUUCCUACAGAGAAACUGUGCUUGGUUAGAAACAGACAAAAUUGAGGCCAGGAACUGGCUCUGGAUCUGGCUUUUCUCAGGAGUGUACAAAUACACUGCUGUGUUACUGCCCACAGAGGAAAGCAGCAACUGAGGAAUCUUGCCAUGGAAAGAUUUGUCAACUAUAGCCUCUGAAAUCAAGCCCAUGUCAGUGACUGUGAUUCCUGACUGUAAUAUAUUCAUUCUUUGCAUCCUUAAGCCAGCCUAUAUCAAUGAAUGCAUUGCUUUGAGAAAAAUUAAAUGUGGUUUUCCUACUAAAUUUCAUGGAAGGAAAAUAUUUGUAAUAAAAAUUCUGACACAC